AUGCGUGAAUCAAAUCAAGCUGCAUCAUCUGAACAAAUCAAUGACGAAAAUCGAAGAGGUCCAUUUGCUAUCGUACCCAAGUAUGAUUGUCCUCAUUUGGGUGAUAAUGCUUAUUUAUUCCUUCAAUCGACUCAACAUACUGGUGAUCAACAACCACCCUGUGUUGAUUGUAAUAAAACAGAAGAGAACUGGGCUUGUCUACAUGAAACUUGUAACUAUAUUGGUUGUUCUCGUUACCAGCAAAAACACAUGUUGAAUCAUCAUCAAACAACUGGACAUAAUAUUUGUUUUAGUUUCUCAGAUAAUUCCGUUUUUUGCUAUGCAUGUGAUAGCUAUGUUGAUAGUCCUCAAUUGCAUAGUCUUAAUCGACAAUUAAAUCGUGCUUCUCAUUAA